GCAUUUCAAAAGUGUUCCGGAAGAUAUGCAUCCCCCACUGGAUGUAACUGUCAAGUCAAUAACAGAACAUUCCUUUACUUUAUCAUGGAGAGCAUCUGAUAUUCAAAAACAAAAAAAAUUAGUUGCAUAUUCCUUGACCUACAUGCCAAUAAAAAAUUUUGGAAGUGGAAAAGAAAGAGCUUUACAACUUCCCCCAACAUCAACAGUUAAAACUGUGUCUAAUUUGAAUCCUGGCACCAAAUAUGCUGUGAUAUUAUCAUCAAUUUAUGAAGGUUUCAAAGAAGUUUCUGCACCAAAAUUCACUGUUGGCACGAAAGAAUCAGAUCUACCAGCAAGAGAUGAUACUUACAGGAUUACAGAACAAGAUUGCAACUGUAGUGAGGUUGGAACAUUGGAUUGUAAAAGAAUUACAAAUUCUUGUAAUUGUCAUGUUGGUUAUACUGGUCGGUUCUGUGAAAAAUGUUCACAAGGAUAUUAUCUAAUGGCUAAGGAAUGCAGAGCAUGUCCGUGUACAAAAUAUACUUCUACUGGAAAUUGCACUUUAGAUUCACAUGGUAAUGUAGAGUGUAAUUGUCUUCCUGGACAUCGUGGUUCAGAUUGCCAGCUAUGCACUGCUGGAUAUGAAUGGAAAGAAAAUCAUUGCAUUCCGUUUAAUUGUUACAGCAAUACAAUUUGUAAGAAAGAUAAAAGUGCUCCAGGAUGUGAGGAAUGCACAUUAUUUGAAGAAUCUUCUAAUCAUCUUCCUCCAAUACCUCAUAAAUCUGAUAGGACAAUAGCAGAUGGGACUGUACCUCUUAUUGCAGUUGUUGUCACUCUUGGUAUUUUAGUAUUGGUUGCAUCAAUUGCUACUUGUUAUCGUUAUUGGACAAUUCGUCGAAACCGUCCACGCAUACCAUUUUGGAGCAUAGAAUUACAGGACGAUAAUCCUCCAAAUUGCAACUAUCAGCAUCUAGAUGUUUCAACAAAUAAAAUUAUUGAAACACCAACAAGUUCAUUGGAAGCAGGAAAAUUGUAUUCACCUUCAUCUCCAAAGACUUAUAAUGCCAUCAAUGUUUGAAAAGUUUUAAUUGUGAUUGACCAAAAACAAACAAAAACAAAAACUAAUACAUAACUAUGCAUUUGUAAAUGAAAUGCAUGAAAAUUUUUUAAAAUUGUGAAAAAUGAAUUAAACUCAUAUUCUAGUCUGUGCCUUUUGCUUCUGAAACCACCAUGAUAUAAAUACUCAAUUAUGGCACAUUUAAAAUAUAAAAAUAUCCAUAAAAAUGGAAUAUUUAAUAACUUGAAAAGUAUUUUAUAUAUGUAUACAAAACUUCAUUUUUUUUAAUUUUAAAAUCAUAAUUUACAAAAUUUACAAGUAAAAAUAAAUGAUUGAAUAUUUUUAAUUCCUGAAAAUAUGCAAAUCAUACUUUAUCACUCAUUAAUAAUAGUCAUUAGCUCAGGUGUCAUAAUUAAAAAAAUAUGUAAAUUAAAGUGAACUUUUUAUGUAAAAUUCAAGUGUUUUAUUUAAUGUAGGCACAUUGUAUUAUAAAUAUUGCAUGAUAAAUGUUGUGAAGUACAGUGAAUCUUGAUGUAUUGUGAUCUGUUAUACAAAUAUAUAUAUAAAGUGCCAUUUAUUUGUUAUAUACAUUCUUAUUAUGUACUUGCAGUUUUUUGCAAUGUUCAUUAUUAAUGUAUUAUAUUUGAAUACCAUCAUCUUAAUAUUUAUAACAUGUGACAAAUCAACAAUUUAGUCAAAUUGCAAAAUGCAUAACAUAUCAAUUAUACGAAAGUUAUAAGUGAUAACUUUAACUCAAAGAAUUAUUGAGGAUAUUCAAAAAUAUAUUUAAAGUUUUAAUAUAAGAUGCUCAAAUUUUAUAGAAAAAAAUAAAACAAAAUAAAUCUGAUUGUAUAAGCAAAGUAAAAUGCAGUUGCUCAUUUUAUAUUCUAAAUUUAUCUUAAAAAUAAAUAAGUCACAGGAAUUUUACCAUUUUCCACAGCAAAUUUUGCCAUAUUUUCGUAGCAUUUGAUACAGGACACAAAACAAUGUUUUUUAAUAAGUCAUUGUUUCCUCAAAAUGUUCCAGCAACUAAAUCAAUGACAUUUGUAUUAAAUGACUUCCAUAAGUAAUAGAUAAAAUACAGUAGUAAAGGUAGUAUUUAUAAAAUAUAUAUAUAAGCUAAUAUAAUUUAUUGUAAAAUGUUGAAAUGUAAAUUAAUAAUAGAUACUAUGCACAAUUGCAUAUCAAUGAAAAU